AUCAAAAACGGGCUAUAAAUGGAUACCUUGCCUUCGUUCCAUCUCCCGUCACUCGUCCAAGCCAGAAAGACAUAAGAAAACUUCUACUCUUGUUUCUAUAAACAAAACAACCGCUCCCAAUUAAAGCCCCGCCCUUUACUUCCUCCGAAGGACACCUCGAUCGGAACCGUGGACGGGGUCGCGAAGCCCAUGUGCAACGACGUGGGCUCCCUCCCCGCUGCUGCCUGUCACCCCACCAGCCCCGCCGCGGCUCCCAUGUGCGCCGCUGAAGCCACCCUCGGCCGCCGCCUCGUCUAGGUGGGCGUCGCCGCCUCAUCUAGGUGGGCGUCAACGAUGUCUUCUCCAUCCCUCCCUCCUUGAUACCGUUUGGAUCAAUUUGCAAUCCAAUGAAAGUGGGAGAAAAGAUAAGAAAAAUUUCUUUUGUAAGGAGGAAGAUAACUUUCAUUCAAAUACUUGGAUGCUUUCUCAUUACAAUUCAUGAAUAUUUAUAGGCAAGUCAUAGGUAACAUGAAAAGACAAAAGAAAAUGAAAGGUCAAGAGUCACUUUAAUAUGGGUAACUCACAAAAUAAAAUACAUCAAAGCCAAAACUAAAUUCUCUUACGAAAUUUAAAAGGUCAAAAGACACCUGCCUCUUAAAAUAUCUAUAACUUUCCAACCAUAACUUGGAUUUUUAUGUUCUUAGGCUUGUUGGAAAGAAGAGAAAGAUAUCUGAACCUUUUAUGUUAAUAACUUUUGUAAAUUCAACCAUUUAAUACUCUGAAAAUGGCAUGCAAGUUGUAUGACGUCCAUGCACCUGCAUCACUCCUCGACCACCUCCUCGCCGAGCCCGGCCUCAACCUCAUCGGGUGCUGCAAUGAGCUCAACGCUGGCUACGCCGCAGACGUCUACGCUCCCUCCCGCGGCGUCGGCACCUGCGUCGUCACGUUCACCGUCGGCGGUCUCAGCGUCCUCAACGCCAUCGCCGGCGCCUACAGCGAGAACCUCCCCAUUAUUUGCAUCGUCGGCGGCCCUAACUCCGACUACGCACUACAAGAAAAAGGAGCUUUGGCGACACUUUUUGAGGCUUUUACCGACGCUUAUAAGCGUCGGUAAUUUUCUUUCCGACGCUUUUCAAAGCGUCACCAAAGCGUCGGCUAUGUCGGAGUGGAAAAAAAUUGUUGACGCGGUUGAAAAGCGUCGCUAAAGUUAUUUUUAGCGACGCUUUUAAGCGUCGCUAAAGUUAUUUUUACCGACGCUUUUAAGCG